GUGGGCAAGGGGCUGAAGAUCGCACCCAUGAACUAGAGGUUGCGAUCUUAAGGGCAAUUCGCGGGCUGGAGGUAAAAGAUCGCGAUCAGGAUCUUUGGGGUAGAGGAUGCGAUCUUCGGGGGUCACCAUUUUUGCCUUGCUGAAUGUGAAGUUCGUGGUCUAACAUCCCGGUCUCGAUCCGAGGUGUCACGGCUACAAUCCUUAUUGUUGGCACGGAAGCCUUGGAUCUUGAUUAGAUUGGGGAAACUUUCUACUUCUCUCGAUAUGGCUGAAGUUCACAACCUUGGCUUCAAAGUUCGUGGCCGUGAACUUGGUAGCGCCAUUGCUCUGUCGUCGCUUCCUUUCGUCGCCAAUAGAAGCUGCCUUGUCGACGGGAGUGUCAAGACCAUCUCGCCAUCACUCUUUUGUCCUUGAUCAUCGAAGCCGCCUGCAAUUUCGGUAGGCGCGGAACGAGCAGAGGCGGAGAAAGAAAGAAUGGAGAGAAAGAGAAAGAAUAGGCAACGUAAUUCGGGUCCAAUUUCAUUCAUUUUACCCACAUAUUCUUUAGAUGUUUGAUGCGUUUUCACUCCGUGAGGUUCGAUUUUACGCUAACUUGUUCUUGUUUCUAGUGUGUUUCUGAUCCUAACAGGUAGAAUCGACCUUGGCAACGAAAGUUGGACGAAAAGGGGCGAAAACAGAUCGAAGGGAGGAAGCAGCUGAGGAUCACGGUUGAAGCUUAGUUUUCACGGUCAGCCAGACCGUGAUAAACUGAUAAUGGAGCAAACCGUGAAGAGCAAAGGAACCAGAACAUUCCGCGAUUCCCUCCAUACAUUGAAGAGAUUAAGUGAACCGGCUCAUUUUUGUCCAGGAUCACGGUCCAGGCUUGGAGUUCACGGUUGUGAACUGGGAUCGUGAAAAGCCGUCGAUCUGGGUAUAAAGGGGGAGUUGAGCUGAAAGAAGGGGGGAGAACCUAGUGUGAGAAAACUUCUUCUUCCUUAGAUUUCUAGAGAGAAAAGUGACAAACAAGAGAGGAGAAGAAGUUAGGGUCUCAUCCAAGCUCCAAUAUUUGAGAAUCUCAUCCUCCAAGGUUGAUCUCCACACCAAAGGAAGAAGCAAAACAUCUCAAGAUGGUCUUUUCUCUUCGCCUUUGUGUAUUCCCUCAUCUUAGCAUGGAGUAGUUUCCUUCUUUCACUUGGGUGUUUGUGAACCCUAGUUAGAAUCACGUGAAUGUUUGUAUGGAUUGAAUGAUUUGUGUGUGGUUGUGUUUUAAUGCAGAUAUUGAGGUAUUUUCAUGAAGGUUGUGUUGUGCUUUCCAUUUCCAACUCUUAUGCCAAUUCGACCUAGGUAGAGGGAAAUCCCCUUAUUGAUUCCAACAUUUUAAUAACAAAAUCAACAAUGCUCUUUGCUCUUUCAAAUUUAACGUUCACACUCGGACAAAAUUGAAGUAAAAAGCAAGGGGUUGGAGCUGGGUGAAGAUAAUUUAUUCAAAACUCGAGAAUUUUUUUGGAGGGGCAUGGCCGUGUUAGGGUAGAGAACCAUAUAUAUUUAUAUCAUGUUAGCUGUCGAUUAACCGUUAAGCAAUUAUUCGAUUAUCGUUACAAUAGAAGUCAUUUCAACCUAUCGAUGAUCGCACUACUUACAUUCAAUUGACAAUAAUUGUUAGGGUUAUAGGUAUAAUAUGCCCCUCUACUAUGACGUUUUAUCAAACAUGCCCCUCUACUAUUUUUUACAUCAAACAUGCCCCUGUACUUUGAAAAAAUUAUCAAACAUGCCCUUCUGUUAAAAUUUCCAUUGAAAACAAUCGUCAAUCAUGGUUGAACCGAGAUUUAGACGACCCGACAUCAACAAAUGGGAGCGAUGAUGUCAGUUUUGUCUCCCGUUUUAUUUCUUUGGGUCUCUUCAAAGUGAAAUUAUUUGGUUAUAAAAAAGAAAAAAAUCUGAAGUGAAAUUAUUAGGGAUAUUUUAGACAUUUGUGCCGCCCAGACCAAAGUUCGACCUUGGUUAAUGGUUUUUGGAUGAAAAUUUAAACAAAAUGGCAUGUUUGAUCAUUUUACAAAGUAAAUGGGUUUGAUUAGGGAUGGCAAUGGGUCGGGUUGGGUCGGGUUUUUUCAAACCCAAACCUAAAUUCAUGGGUUUAUUCGUGAAAAAAACUCGGGGUAAAACCCACUGGGUUUGAAAAACUCAAACCCAACCCAACCCGCUGGGUAUCCGUGGGUUCAUGGGUACCCACGAGUUUUUGUCGUAAAAAUUUACAAUAACAAGUUCUUAUCAAAAUUAAAGUCAAAUAUCAAUCUCUCAAUACAAAUUAUCCAUAUAUAAAACACCAUUCUAGAAAAUUCAAGCAAAUCAUAAAUUAACUAUACAAAUUGUUCAACACCAAUCCAGAAAACUCAAGAAAAUUAAAGCAAAUCAUAAAUUAUCUGUAAAUCACAUGAUUAAUUGAUUACUUCUUCUUUUCAAUUAAGUUUUUUCACUCUCCACUCGAUAACAUCAACUUCAUUCUACACAAUUUGAAAUGAAAUAUUAGACAUGUCUCCAUAAACAUAAAUAAUAUUAGUUGUUUAGAAUAUUAAAUAUAACGAGAAAAUUAACUAUAUGGAUGUGGGCGGGUACCCAUGGGUCGGGUUUACCUAAACCCAAACCCAACCCAACCUGGUGAAUAGUGAACGGGUUUAAACCCAAACCCGGCCCAAAACCCGUCAACACAGAUUUUACCCGCGUUGACAUCCCUAGGUUUGAUGUAAAAAAUAGUAGAAUGACAUGUUUGAUAAAACAUCAUAGAGGAGCAUAUUAUACCUAUAACCAUAUCGGUUAACUUUUAAUUCUAAGUUAGUUUAUCGAAAUGCUAAACAUUUCCAAAAGAAAAACAAAAUAAAUAAAUAGAAUACAUGAAACGACACGUCGUCUGCACAAGGAGAAAGAAAUCUGUAUGGCAAAAAAAAAAAAAAAAAAAAAAAGAGGAGAAAGAAAUCUGGGGAGCUUAAAAUAGAGAGCAGAAAGUGGGAGCACGGGAAAGAAGAGAAAACAAAGCACAUCUGAGCUGCUCUGCUCAGUCGGCCGGCGUACCUAACGUUCUCCUCUACCGCCAUGGCAGCUAGUCGCGCAAAACUCUUGAGCUAUGAUUCUCUGUUUCUCGCCUGCUUCUCUCUGGUUAUCCUUCAUGCUGCCUUAGUCAGUUCCCUCACUCCAUCCAGGGAGCUAAAAUCACUCGGCUCCUUCGAUGAUUGUCAAGCGUGUGACGAGACUCAGGACACUUCAUCUGCUUCUGGACGAGGAAAUCCUCUAAAUCAAAAGGAUAUUGACAUAAUUGCGAGCUACAGUGACCCUUCUGGCAGAAUGCGUGUCAGUAGGGUGAAAAUGAAGAGCCUUUCUGCAUCUUGGGUGCUUGAGAACCCUGUAGACACUGCUGAGAAUGAUGGACAAAACAGUACUGCCCAGACAUCGAAAUAUUUGUCCGAAGCUGGGAACUUUCCUAAAGGUAAUGCUCAGAAGAAAGUGAAUAGUCGUCAAAUUGGAGAAGGCGAAACCCAGUACCCUCCAAAGCUCAUGAAUCCAGUGAAGCUCAAGCGUCGGAAGGAGCGGCAAAUGAGGAAGGAUCUUCGAACUGCAGAGCUGAUCAAAGAUGACAAGGAAGCUGACAUGAAGACUCAGUUAGCUGCUUUAGAGCAGUCUAAAGCACUGGACACAACUAUUACAGGAAAGUACAGCAUAUGGAGGAAAGAUUUUGAGAAUCCAAAUUCUGAUGCUGUGCUUAAACUCAUGCGGGACCAGAUGAUAAUGGCCAAGGCAUAUGCCAAUAUCGCCAAAUCUAAUAAUGAAACAGGGCUUUACACAUCUCUCAUGAAACACUCCAGAGACAGUCAACAUGCCAUUGGCGAAGCAACAUCUGAUGCUGAACUUCACCCAAGUGCACUUGCUCGAGCAAAAGUCAUGGGUCGUGUUCUCUCUAUGGCCAAAGAUCGGCUUUAUGAUUGUCCGACAAUGUCGAGGAAGUUAAGGGCUAUGCUGCAGUCUGGUGAGGAGCAUUUGAACGCUCUGAGGAAAAAGAGUGCCUUCUUGAUUCAACUGGCUGCCAAAACGGUUCCAAAACCGUUGCAUUGUCUUCCAUUACAGCUUGCUGCUGAUUAUUUCCUGCAGGGUCAUCAGAACAAGCAUUAUUUCAACAGUGAAAAGCUUGAAAUUCCUUCUCUUUACCACUAUGCCAUAUUUUCUGACAACGUAUUAGCAACUUCUGUGGUUGUCAAUUCCACUGUGCUGCAUGCAAAGGAACCCGAGAAACAUGUCUUCCAUGUUGUGACAGAUAAACUGAACUUUGCUGCCAUGAAAAUGUGGUUCAUCGUGAACCCUCCAGCACAAGCAACAAUUGAGGUGCAGAACAUAGAUGAUUUCACGUGGCUGAAUUCCUCUUACUGUUCUGUCCUGCGUCAACUUGAAUCUUCUAGGGUUAAGGAGUACUAUUUCAAGGCGAACCACCCUUCUUCUCUAUCUGCUGGGUCUGACAAUCUGAAAUAUAGGAAUCCGAAAUAUCUGUCUAUGCUGAAUCAUCUUAGAUUCUACCUUCCUGAAGUGUACCCAAAGCUGGAUAAGAUCCUGUUUCUGGACGAUGACAUUGUUGUUCAGAAGGAUCUAGCACCACUCUGGUCUAUUGAUCUUCAAGGGAUGGUGAAUGGAGCAGUGGAGACAUGCAAGGAGAGCUUCCACAGGUUUGACAAAUAUCUCAACUUCUCGAAUCCUAAAAUCAAUGAGAACUUCCAUCCAAAUUCUUGUGGCUGGGCAUUUGGCAUGAACAUGUUUGACUUGAAGGAAUGGAAGAAGCAGAACAUCACCGGCAUCUACCAUUAUUGGCAAGACCAGAACGAGGAUAGAACACUAUGGAAACUGGGGACAUUGCCGCCGGGAUUGAUAACGUUCUAUAACCUGACGUAUCCUUUGGAUAGAGGGUGGCAUGUGUUGGGACUUGGGUAUGAUCCUGCCUUGAAUCAAACAGAGAUAGAGAAUGGGGCCGUGGUGCAUUACAAUGGAAACUACAAGCCGUGGUUGGAUCUGGCUAUAGCCAAGUACAAGCCCUAUUGGUCCAGAUACGUUAAGUUCAACAAUCCUUACCUUCUUGAGUGCAACAUCAGUGAAUAGAGCCAUCCAUCCGGCCGGCUAACUUCUUGCAUUACAGCACUCCCCCUUCCUCCUUUCUUUGUGUUUGGGAUUGCUUUGCUCUCCUGUUUGGCUUUUUCUUUGUAAGCCAUCACUUAAAUUUUGGUAAGAUGACGGGAUGAUGGCUUAGCUUAGAAUGUUGAUGGUUUUUGGGUCCGUGUAUCACUGAAACGUUUAAUUAUAUCUCUACUGGCACUAAGGAUGCUGGAAGAGAAUUGCUAAACUCGGAGCUAACUGGGCAAAUUAAGAUUUGUGCCACUGGCAUGAAAGCUUCAAAUGAAAAAUGCUCUGUAAGGCUGUCCACUCCCAACUUUUGCUUCAACCCAUGGCUAAACCCAAGGCUAAAAGGUUAAAUAGAGGUUUUGAGGAGCUAAAAUAGGUCUGAUUUGGGGAGGGGCAAAAUGAGCACGGUUAAAUGAGCGGUUCCCUCCACUAGCAAAAAAACAACCACAUAAACAAAUUGUUUUUUGGUUUUAGUUAAUUAAAUUAAAAUGACGUGUUUUGUUUGUUUUUGGUGUUUUUUAACUGAAGAAUUCAUUUCGGUAUAAUUAUCGUCUAUUUGAAUGUUAUUUGAAGAAAAAUAUUAUGAUCAUUGAAAAUUUUUUUAACUAAAAACAACAGUAUCUCAGAUAUUGUUCAAAAUAUUGGAGAUUUUAAUGAAUGAAGUUCAUUUCGGUGCAACUUUCUUCCGUUUCAAUUAAAAAGAAAGUAUAUCAGAAAUUGUUCAAAUUUUAUCGAAAAUCUUCGUAUCGAAUUAUCGUGAACGAACAUAUAAAUUUUAAAUUAAAAAACAUAAGUUAGGAUUACUAAAAACAAAACAUAAACUUUUAGCCUUCAAGGUUGCAGGUGCUUUUGUUUUUUAGGCGGCUAAAAGGCCAUUUUAGCCAUUUAACCCCCCAAUUUUUGCCCCCCGGGUUGUGGUUAGCCUAAUUGUAUAGGCUUGAAUCACCAGAAGGCAAUCCAUCUUGAAGAUGAAAGUCUCCAAUCGUAGUUGGGGAAGCUGUAUCCAUGUUGCAUUCGCCAUUGUUUCAACUUCAUGAGAAAACAGUGGCAAAACCAGGAUAUUGGUUAACGGGGUUAGUAUGCUAGGAUGAUGAAUACAAACUAAAAUACUAUUAAAAAUAAAAUUGGACAAGAAGCUCUUUCACAUCAAUAAAAUCACCUAAAAAUAGUGUCUAAACUAAUUGUUGUUUCUGUAUCUCAAUCAAUGUAAUCAACCAAAACCUCAGGAAGAAAAUUAUCAUUCAUUCUAUUGCAUAAAAUGCAACCUAGUCUUUAUAAUCUUCAUUGCAUAAAUGCAGGUUCCUUGGUAGCUGUAGAGACGGGGAGAGUCAAAACAAUGUGAAUCAAUUGAUUAAUAAGGAAACAAACACUUGUACGGGUUCUUCUAUUCUUGGUAUGACAUUUCUUGUAAAGAAUGAAUCAAGUCUUUUUUG